GGCUCGCAACGGAGGCGGCGGGGAUGCAACCGGAGCGAGCGAGGGCUGGCUUUCGGAGUGGCACGGCAGUGCACCUCUCAUCUCAACUGGCGACUACCAGUUUUUGCUCCGCAGUCAUGUUCGGACGCAGGCACCAUACGCACUGAGCCUUUUUUUUUUUAACGCGCCGAGCCAAUUGCUUUAGUUUUCGUUUAUUUCGGUUUUUUUCUAUUCAUUUAGUGUGUGUUGGUUGGCUUUUUCUAUGUAUGUGCUUUUUCUCUGGAUGGUUACUCCCACCAUGCGAAGACUACCGCGGUGUAACCGGGAGUGAAUAGUUUUUUUUUGGCAAAUAUGUCCCGUUGGAUUAUUACGGUUCGCAUCUGCGAGGCUUAUGGAAUAUAGCCUGGUUUGUCACAAUCUGUAUGCGUUGUCAGCGAGCCCCGUGAAAAAGAAACUUGCAGUGCUGGGCAUCAUGUUUUUGCUGUGGGUGUACAUGCUGUAUUCGUGCGUGGGGUACUGUGCCACCAUGCCCAGUCUGGUGGUGGACACCCACCGGGCAAAGGAACCGGAGUACGCGGGCAGAAGGACAGAGAGCGGCAAAGCGGACCUCUUGUCCAAACUGCUGCCCAGACCGCAAGGUUGGGUUGAUUUGGAGUCCGAUUACGACGAGCAGUCCCUCCGGCCCGCGUCCAGAGACUUAUCGGCGAACGACGUGGACGCGGACCGGGGCGAGGACUGGGACGAGGCGGCGGUGGCGGCGGCGUCGCGGGGCGAGCAGAGAUCACCGGAGCCCAGCUCGCUGUCAAGUUUCUCCAACGGCUCCGGGAGCAAGAAGCUGCCCCAGGCCAUCAUCAUCGGCGUGAAGAAGGGAGGCACGCGCGCGCUGCUCGAGUUCCUCCGCGUGCAUCCCGACAUCAGGGCCGUGGGAGCGGAGCCGCACUUCUUCGACCGAAACUACGACAACGGGCUGGAGUGGUAUAGGGAGCUGAUGCCCAAGACGCUGGAGGGCCAGAUCACCAUGGAGAAAACGCCCAGCUACUUUGUGACCCGCGAGGCUCCGGCCCGGAUCAGCGCCAUGUCCCGCGACACCAAGCUGAUCGUGGUGGUGCGCGACCCGGUGACGCGGGCCAUCUCCGACUACACGCAGACGCUGUCCAAGAAGCCCGACAUUCCCUCCUUUGAGAGCCUCACCUUCAAAAACAGGACUACGGGGCUGAUCGACACCUCCUGGAGCGCCGUGCAGAUCGGCAUCUACGCCAAGCACCUGGACAACUGGCUGCAGUACUUCCCCAUGGGCCAGAUCCUGUUUGUGAGCGGCGAGCGGCUCAUCAGCGACCCGGCCGGCGAGCUGGGCCGCGUGCAGGACUUCCUGGGCCUCAAGCGCAUCAUCACGGACAAACACUUCUACUUCAACCAGACCAAGGGCUUCCCCUGCCUCAAGAAGGCCGAGGGCAGCAGCAAGCCCCACUGCCUGGGCAAAACCAAAGGCCGCACCCACCCCAACAUCCACCCCGAGGUGGUGCAGAGGCUAAGGGAGUUCUACCGGCCGUUCAACAUGAAGUUCUACCAGAUGACAGGACACAACUUUGGCUGGGAUUGACAAUAGACAAGGACUCACUCUUUAGUGUUUAUUAUUAUUUUAUUUUGUUUUGGUUUCCUCUGUAUUUGAAUGGCAAAAGUCAUGGAGAUAUUGCUAUAUAUAUGUAAAAUGUACAGAAAUCUAUUUUAUAAUAAUUUAUUUUUAAUUUCUAAGCAAUUAAUUCACUAAGCUGCCUAACCAUAACUCGUAUAUAUCAUCUGCCCCCCUACAUCAUUUUUUUUUUUUUAAACAUUCCACCUUUUUGUUACGUUAAUCCUCAGCCACAUCAGUCCAGUUCCACUGCUUUUGAAUAAAUGGUGCUUCCAAACUCAAGAAAGAAACAGUCGGACGAGCAGAAACUAGGCGCCGUUUUACGGGUAUAGUGUGUCCAGAUCUCAGUCUGGUAUCAAAUACAACUUCAGUGUUCUCUCUCUCUCUCACACACACACACACACACACACACACACUUAGACGUGAAACACCUCAUCUUCCAUUGACCUACACUGUAGCCUGACCACGUGCUGAUAUGCGUUAGAACAUCGCGCUUUGCUGUCGUUAUACCUCCCUAACAUCCGUAAAACAGCGUGUUUUUACCCCUCUCUCAUUAUCUAAUCAGCGUCCAGCCCUGUACUUAAAGGGGUCGUCCGUCCACUCCUGACAGCCGCCCCAUCAGCCCCCCCUCGCCCCCCCCCCCCCCACCCCAUCCUUCUCCGCACGUCCCGGGAGGCUCCUCUGAUGGCUCUAGCAGCUGAUCCGAUGCCCCCCUCACUCAAUAACCGAUAGAUCAAUAGGCCUAAUUGCUACUCGUGUUGUCAGUCACCCUUAGAGCCACGCGGCUGAUCUGGGGGUCUCCGCUUCACAGCGCGUCCAGUUCAGCCGUGGGUGUCCCUCCUUAAUGACCGGUCCUGUCCAUCAAUGGCUCGCGAGCACAUGUAGAGUAGACGAAAGGACGCGUGGGGACAUUAUGCUAAUCGGCUAAAUGUUAGCGGGCCCGGUCGAUACUCCCCUCUCUCUCUCUCUCUCUCUCUCGCUGUGUGUGCGUGUCAUCUGUCGUUCACCCAUUAGGGCGAGCGAGGGUGCGCCGCAAGCGCGUGCUUGCAGCUCAGAGGUCAAAGGUCAAAGAAAAUCUCGACGAAGUGAUCGGUUUUGUUUUGAUUGACGGGACGUGGUAUCAGUUGCGUUGGAUCUCAGAUCUUGUCUUGAUUUUUUUUGUUUUCUUUCUCCUUUUGUAGUCGAGAGAUAGUGAGAGCGUCUGCCCUGGAGAUAGCGAUCGGUCAGAUGUAGAGCAAGAAGAUAUCAGGAGAGAGAGAGAGAGAGAGAGAGAGAGAGAGAGAGAGAGAGAGAGAGAGAGGGAGAGAGAGAGAGAGAGAGAGAGAGAGAGAGAGAGAGAGAGAGAGAGAGAGAGAGA